AUGGCAUCCUACAACCUGUACAAGUACACUCCAUCGGGAGCAGCCGCCAUGAUCUUCCUGAUCGGCUUCAUUAUCGGAUGCGGGUGGCAUACUUUCAUCAUCAUCCGCCGGCGGGGCAUGGUACUUUUUGAAAUCUCAGGCUACCUGGGCCGCUUUCUCUCCUCUAACAACACCUCGAGCCUCGGCUUCUUCAUGAUCCAAACUCUCUGCCUCCUCGUCGCCCCCGCCCUGUUCGCCGCCUCGAUCUACAUGGUCCUCGGCCGCCUGAUCCUCUACCUCCACAGCGCCACCCUCUCCCCGAUCAAGCCCUCGCGCCUCACAAAAAUAUUCGUAAUCGGCGACGUCCUUUCCUUUCUGGUGCAGGUCAUGGGCGCGGGUCUGCUCGCCCAAGCAAAAUCCAUGAACACGGGCAAGACCAUCAUCCUGCAAGGCCUAGCCGUGCAUCUCAUCAUCUUCGGGCUCUUCGUCGUGGCGGCAGCCGUGUUCCAUCGUAGACUUCUGGACCAGGUGCCGAACUUUGUCCUGCACGAAGAGGCGAGCUCGGGAUGGCAGAGGCACAUCAGAGGAUGGAGGGGUGUCAUGAGCGUGCUCUACGUCGCGAGCGGCUUGAUCUUUGUGAGGUCGCUGUUCCGACUGAUCGAGUACAUCGAGGGCAACGAUGGGGUCCUCCUCUCGUCGGAGGUGUAUCUGUACAUCUUUGACGCGCUGUUGAUGCUUGGUGUCGUCGCUGUUACCGCUGCCCUGCAUCCGGCCAAGUACGUGCCUGGGAAGAAGGAGAUUAUGGCUAUGCAGGAUUUGGAUGGCUGA